UCAAGAAAGUGUUGUGUACCGAAUGACAAAUUUCCAGCAUUGUAGAAUUGCUAAAAUCUUCAUGAAGCACACCACUAAAAAUGAGGUUGAAAGAAUUGGCUUUUAUUAUUAUAGUAAUGAUCUCAGGAGAACUCUAUGCAGAAGAGAAAUCUUGUGGUUUUCCAACUGUGCAAAAUGGAAGGAUUGCCCAAUAUUACUAUACUUUUAAAAGUUUUUACUUUCCAAUGAGCACAGACAAAAAAUUGUCAUUUUUCUGCUUGGCUGGUUAUACAACUGAAAGUGGAAAACAUGAAGGGCGAACGAGAUGUACGACAGAAGGCUGGACUCCAGAACCCAGGUGCCUCAGUAAAAAAAUGCACUAAGCCUGAACUGACAAAUGGCUACAUUGCUGAUGUAAAAUUACUGUACAAAUUUCAAGAGAAUGUGAGUUAUAGUUGUGCUUCAGGAUACAAAACCACUGGAGGGAAGGAUGAAGAAGUGAUUCAGUGUCUUUAUGAUGGAUGGUCUUCUCAACCCACCUGUACAAAGGAACAUGAAACAUGUUUAGCCCCUGAAUUACAUAAUGGAAAUUAUUCCACAAAACAGAAAACAUUCAAAGUGAAGGACAAAGUGCGAUACGAAUGUGUUGCUGGCUACUACACAGCCAGAGGAAAGCAAUCAGAGGAAGUUGAAUGCCGCACAUCCGGUUGGUCCCUAACACCAAAAUGCACCAAAUUAAAGUGUUCUUCUUUAAGAUUAAUAGAAAAUGGAUAUUUUCAUCCUGUGAAGCAAACCUAUGAGGAAGGAGAUGUAGUUCAGUUUUUCUGUCAUGAAAAUUAUUAUCUGAGUGGACCUGACUUAAUUCAGUGCUAUAACUUUGGCUGGUAUCCAGAAUCUCCUGCAUGUGAAGGAAGAAGAAAUAGAUGCCCUUCUCCACCUCUGCCUCUAAACUCCAAAGUUCAAAAAUAUUCCACAAGUUAUCGUCAUGGUGAAAUAAUUCAUAUAGAAUGUGAACUUAAUUUUGGGAUCCAGGGCUCAGAAGAAAUACAUUGUGAAAAUGGAAAAUGGACAGAGCCUCCAAAAUGCAUUGAAGAAAAGGAGAAGGUCGCCUGUGGGGAACCACCUUUCAUUGAGAAUGGUACAGCAAACCUGCACUCUAAGAUUUAUUACAAUGGGGAUAAAGUGACAUAUAGAUGUGAACGGGGCUUCCAACUCCAUGGAUCAAAUGAGAUAACUUGUAACCGUGGAAAAUGGACCCUUCCCCCUGAGUGCGUUGAAAAUAAUGAGAAUUGUAACCCUCCACCUGAAGUAACAAAUGGGGCUGUUAUUGAUGGGUUAUUGUCAAGUUAUACAACAGGAUCCUCAGUGGAAUAUAAAUGCAAUGAAUAUUAUUUAUUGAAAGGAUCAAAAAUAUCUCAGUGUGAACAAGGAAAAUGGUCAUCCCCACCUGUUUGCUUGGAGCCAUGCACUGUUGAUGUGGAUUAUAUGGACAGAAAUAACAUAGAGAUGAAAUGGAAAUAUGAAGGAAAGGUCUUACAUGGAGACUUGAUCGACUUUGUCUGUAAACAAGGAUAUGAUUUGUCUCCAUCGACUCCAUUGUCAGGGUUUUCGGUGCAGUGCAAUAGAGGAGAAGUGAAAUAUCCUUUAUGUGUUAGAAAAGAAUCUAAAGGAAUAUGUGCAUCUCCUCCACUUAUAAAGAAUGGAGUCAUUAUUAGUUCAAAAGUAGGCACCUAUGAGAAUGGUUCCUCUGUAGAAUACAGAUGUUUUGAUCACUAUUUCCUACAAGGAUCUAAGGAGGCCCAUUGCAUAGACGGAGUGUGGACCACACCACCAUUGUGUUUAGAGCCUUGCACAUUGUCUUCUGAUGAAAUGCAGAAGAACAAUUUACUCUUGAAAUGGUAUUUUGACAAUAGACCACAUUUUCUCCAUGGCGAGUAUAUUGAGUUCCUUUGUAGUAGAGAUACUUACAUAGUGGAGUUAUCGCUCAUUGGAUCUGAGCUUAGAGUGCAGUGUGACAGGGGACAGUUGAAGUAUCCAACCUGUAUUCCAAGAGGAAGGUAAGAAGAAGUACCUGUGGCACACCUUGAUGUCAAGAUAUUCAUUGUGUUAUAAAUUUCAGAAAUAUCACGUUCUAUAGCAGCCCUAUGUUAUUAAGAGUGAAAAAGAAUUGUAUUUUCUUCAUUUUUUAAAAAACCGAGCAAAAUCCUGGAAGUAUGAAUUAUUUCAACAAACUUUGUCAGUUGCCUGUAGUCAAAGUGCUAUUUGCCAUUUGAUGUUUGUGACACUUGGACAAUUGGAAAAAUAAACCAAUCUGUACGUGCAAUAUUUAAAUGUUA